AUUCUUCAACCAGCCACGGCAGUACGUGGUGCGUGCGGAGCAGAAAUUUUUUUAGUGAUUAAGUAAUUUAUUAAGUUCACACAACAAAAUGAGGGAAAUCGUGCACAUCCAAGCCGGACAGUGCGGAAACCAGAUCGGUGCUAAGUUCUGGGAGAUCAUCUCCGAUGAGCACGGCAUCGACCCCACCGGCGCCUACCAUGGCGACUCGGACUUGCAGUUGGAGCGCAUCAACGUGUACUACAAUGAGGCCUCCGGGGGCAAAUACGUCCCCAGGGCCAUCCUAGUCGAUCUCGAGCCCGGCACCAUGGACUCUGUCCGCUCAGGACCUUUCGGACAGAUCUUCCGCCCAGACAACUUCGUCUUCGGACAGUCUGGCGCCGGCAACAACUGGGCCAAAGGACACUACACCGAGGGCGCCGAGCUCGUCGACUCAGUCUUAGACGUCGUAAGGAAAGAAGCAGAGUCAUGCGACUGCCUCCAGGGAUUCCAACUCACACACUCACUCGGUGGCGGCACCGGUUCCGGAAUGGGCACACUUCUUAUCUCCAAAAUCAGAGAAGAAUACCCCGACAGAAUAAUGAACACAUACUCAGUUGUACCAUCUCCCAAAGUGUCAGAUACAGUAGUAGAACCUUACAAUGCCACACUCUCAGUCCACCAGUUAGUAGAAAACACAGACGAAACCUACUGUAUCGACAAUGAGGCUCUCUAUGACAUCUGUUUCCGCACGCUCAAACUAUCCACACCCACGUACGGCGACCUCAACCAUCUGGUGUCGCUCACCAUGUCCGGCGUGACCACGUGUCUGCGGUUCCCCGGUCAGCUAAAUGCGGAUCUCCGCAAGCUGGCCGUGAACAUGGUCCCCUUCCCGCGUCUGCACUUCUUCAUGCCCGGCUUCGCUCCCCUGACCUCCCGCGGCAGCCAGCAGUACCGCGCGCUCACCGUGCCCGAGCUCACCCAGCAGAUGUUCGACGCCAAGAACAUGAUGGCGGCCUGCGACCCGCGCCACGGCCGCUACCUCACCGUCGCCGCCAUCUUCCGUGGACGCAUGUCCAUGAAGGAGGUCGACGAGCAGAUGCUCAACAUCCAGAACAAGAACUCGUCGUACUUCGUGGAAUGGAUCCCGAACAACGUGAAGACCGCCGUGUGCGACAUCCCGCCCCGCGGCCUCAAGAUGGCCGCCACCUUCAUCGGCAACUCCACCGCCAUCCAGGAGCUGUUCAAGCGCAUCUCGGAGCAGUUCACGGCUAUGUUCAGGCGCAAGGCUUUCUUGCAUUGGUACACCGGCGAGGGCAUGGACGAGAUGGAGUUCACGGAGGCCGAGAGCAACAUGAACGACCUGGUGUCCGAGUACCAGCAGUACCAGGAGGCCACCGCCGACGAGGACGCCGAGUUCGACGAGGAGCAGGAGCAGGAAAUCGAAGACAACUAAAACCCUCUCCACUCUCACACUCUUACCACCCUCCCCCGCGUCCCUCGGGACGCCCGCAUUUCUUUGCUUGGUAUUUUACAGUAACAAAAGUUCCGAAUGUUAGUUUUACCUAGGGAGUACACGUUGAUGUCUGGUAACAUGAAGUUGCGUUUACAUUCCCCCAGUUUUCCUUGACCGAAGGGCGGCUCUCGGGUGUUUACUUGGUAAACAGGCCCCAUGCGACGUGGCCCCUUCGCCUGACCAUCUGGUGCUGUGAACACACGAUGACACAAAAGGAAAUGAUCUUUUUUUGAUAAGGCUGAACUUGAUUUUUUAAUACCUAAGUUUAAUUUUUAAUUGUAACCAGUGUGAUGAGUUUACAUUGGCUUUUUUGGUAAACUAAAAAGCUAGUAACGUACAAUUUUCGAAGUCGAUCAAAGUUUUUAAUUAUUAUAUUCAGCUGGUGAAUAAUAAAACUACAAUGAUUUUA